AUGUGUAGUUGCCUGUACUUGAGGAAUUUACCAAGAAGGCCACAGUCGAGGGAUCAUUACAUUAGAAAUCUGUUGAAAUGUAUUAACCAUUCAAAUCCAUUCGCUUUAAAUCAUGAACUCCCAUUGCCACAGCAUGAAACCAUCGGCAAUGAUGAGUUGAAGCUGUUGGAUGAACCAAAUGGUGUGGUGGACAUCUCAAUAUCAAAAACGUUAACAAGCCAGUGUUUUAUAACUUUUAUCAAUGAAAGUAGUGCUCAAUCUUUCCAGGAAAAGGGUUUGACGGUUCAUGGACGUAAUAUUGAUAUUCAAGUUGCCAAAAGAGAUUCGUUACUAGGAUUAUCCAUAAAGAAUCCAUCACUUCUACAAAGAGUUUUAAAAUCAAGACGUCAAAGGUUAGAUAAAGAGAAAUGGGUGAAUAAAAGGCGCUCAAGAAGACUGAGAAGUAAACUAAGAAGGAAAGGUUUAAGUGAGGAUGAGAUCUCUAAGCAGUUAGCGACUCAGCUAUCGAAACCUAAGCGUGAAGUUAAAAGGCAAACCGAUGACGAUAACACAUCACGCCCUACCAAUGCAAAAGUUGUCACCACAGAGAACCCACCAAAUAAGGUUCUGUUGGUGCAAGGCUUACCACAAGAUUGUCAAUUAUCCGAACUUGAACCAAUUUUCAAGAACGAUGGAUUCGUUGAAGUUAGAUUAGUUGCCAUUCGUAAAGUAGCAUUUGUGGAAUACGAUUCUAUUUCUCAUGCGACGGCUCAAUUAAAUUCAAUGGGGGAACUAUACGAGUUUAAAGGUCAUAGAAUUUCAAUUGGAUUUGCCAAAUAA